GGGAGAGCAAUCGCAAAAGCGCAGCGUGUGCGCGGCGCACCAGCCGACGGCGCCUUGGCGCAUCCAUACGACCGUCCUCGGGCAGCUGCAAGACGACGGCGUCUCCCGCUGUCGGCCGGCGCCGCCGCGGCCUGUUGGCAGCCUGGUUGCUGCUGCUGCUCUCAGGCCGCGGCAGCGCGCUGCGCGCGCGACGGUCGUCCGUGCUCACGAUGCCGAAGCCAGUCACGGAGGAUGAAAAGCGGCAGCGCAAAGAGACUGCGCUGGCGGUCCUGCGGGAUGCGGGCCCCGACGACUUCCAAACGCUGGACGCAUUCCACACGCGCGUCGGAGAAUCCUUUGGUGCUUCCGUACACGUCGGUAGAUCUGUAUGCCUGGAAGCGCUGAAAACGCUACCGUCCGACCACGUGCUGCGCCAGAGGUACGCCGCCAUCAAGGAGCGGUCGCAGAGCAGCAGCGCCAAGUCCGCGGCGGCGAAAGUAGGCCAGAUCGCUAUCGAACCUCAGAGCCUCGACGAGGCGCGCGCGGACCGCCAAAGCUACGCCGAGGCUCGACGCGGUCUUUCGACGGGGGCGACGGCGGAGCGGCUCCGGCGGGAGUUAGACCUCGCGUCGAAGGCGAUGGCGGUCUCGGUCAAGGCGAUCUUCGCCGCGAGCCGCGAGUGCGCGUGCAAUACGGCGCUCGCGGGCAGCGUGGAGAGCUUCGAGGAGGGCGUCGGGCUCGUAACCUGCUGCAUGGCCGUGAACACGCCGGUGAACGCGCCCGUCUACGUCCGGACGGCGUUUGUGGAGUACGCGGGCGAGCGCGCGGACCAGUUCUUCGAGAAGCGGGCGGCGGCGAUCCGCGAGGAGGAGGAGACCGAGCGGAGAUACCAGGCGGCGACGCAGCCGGGACAAGGGGCGUUUCCAGGCCGCUACGACAUGGCGUCCACGAUCGCGGCCUCGGGCGUCGAUGGCCGAGGCGUCGCCGCUCUCCGGGUGCUGGACCCGAAGGACCUCGAGCCGCUCUACUUGCAGGCGCUGGCCGUCAAGGACAAGCGGCCGUCGCGCGGCGCCAAAACUAAGGGCGACGACGCGCGGCACGCGAAGGCCGGCGACGCUUAUACUAGCCUCCACGGCGUCCUCCGCCCUCCGGCAGUCCUCGCGCGGGAGCCUGGGUGGUUCGCACGCACCCGUGAUCGGGGCCUCGCGUAUCGGGGCCUCGCGUCGGACGAGCGCGAGGAGAAGAUCGAGAAGAUCGCCGACGCGCUGGAGCUCGACAACAAGCUCCUGUUCUCGAAGCGUGCCGUCGUGAUGCCGGAACGCGCCUCCGCCACGUACGGCCGCCUGGCGCCGACGCCGCUCGACUCCAGCAAGCAGCUUCAGCUCGCGAAGAAGGUCGCGCACCUCGGAAGGGGCCGCUUCAUGCUCGCCGCGAUCCGCGCCAACGGCGAGCCCAUCUUGAUCGUCGCUGGGCGCGGGAUGUGCAUGGACAUGCACGUGGGCAUCCCUCCGCCGCCUGUCAAGGCCGCCGACGCCGAGACGCGGCUGCGCACCAGGACGACGGUGGCGAACUCGCACGACCUCCUCCAGCGCUACGACCGCGGCGCGGCGCAGCUGAUGGCGGCGCUGCGGCGCGUCAUUAUUAAGAUGAAGCUGUCGGGGGCCGACGUCGCGGUGCUCGUCGACCGCAUCCUCGACCAGAUCGACGGCCGCUGCGAGGACGUCGCGACGGGUGCGGCGCCGACGCGCGGCGCCGUGCCGAUGUAUGAUAGUGAGGACGAGGGGACGCUCGGCCAGUGCCCGCCGGGCGUCGACGAGGAGGACUGGGCGGUCCUGAAGAAGGGCGAGGAAGCGGGCUCGUUCGCGCGCCUCGCGCUGGCGAGCGACUUCGCCGCGGCCGCGAGCUCGCUCCUCGGCAAGCUGCGCGCGGCCGGGCCGAACACCAAGUGCGGCGGCGUCGACGCGUCCGAGGACGUCGAGGUCCCGGCCGGCGGCGAGGCGCCGCCGGACGACCAGGCGCCGCCGCCGCCGCCGCGGGGCGCGAAGCGCGGCAAGAAGAUGCCGCCGGGCGAGGAGGCCGGUCCCAUGGACUGGAUCACUUCGUUCGCGCCGCUGGAGUUCGACUGGGUGGUCAAGGCGGACGUCGAGCGCGCGCCGGCCUGGGCCAAGCCGAUCGGCGAGGACAACGCUGACGAGCGCCUCCUCGACUUCUGGCUGCGCUUCUCCCGGGGCAUGGCCGCGUCCAUCCCAAAGUUCAAGUACGUCGUCCUCAACCCGUCGAACGCCGCGGCGGCCGACGUCCAGGGCCUCGUCAAGGCCGUCGACGAGUGCGCCGCCGAGCGCAAGGCUGCCGAUGCGACCGAUUCCGCGCCGGCCGCGAAGCGCCCGCGGCUCGUCGAAGCCUAGGCGCCUAAGUGUGCUGUGAACACAAGUUAUGAAUUACGAG